UAUCGGCGACGAAGAAACUAACAGAGGCAUGGGAUGACAUGACUGGGGUUAAAAAACCGUAAAAAACAUUGACCAAAGUGGGAGAAGAAGACAUAAUUUUUUUAAUUAUACAGCAUUCAUGUACCCAUUUUUGUUUCUUCAAGCCCAGGAAAAAAUCCGAACGAAAUUUUGAAGUAUUUCCAAGGGCUGCGAUGGAAGCCCUGAUUCGGCUGAACAACCAGACUGCUGGACGCGAUAAAAUCGCAAGACUUCUGCAGUAUCUAAGCCGAGCGCUAUGGGCUCUUUUGGAGGGACGGCCGAGGGCGGUUCACAAACUGCAGGGCCUCGAGAACGCCCUCUCAACCUUCCGCAAACUGCUUCGAUGGGGACGGUGCGUGGAGGCCGUUCACUCUGCCCUGCAGGCCAUGUCGCACCCUGACGCCGCCCAGAGGACCAUCCUGGCGCUCGGACGCAUCGCUCAUGCCCUCUUCCUUUUUGCCGACCACAUCCUCUGGCUCGGACGGGCCGGACUAGCCAAGGUCGACGCCAAGAAAUGGGCUAGCAUAGCCAACAGGUACUGGUUGUACUCGGUGACGAUGAACUUGGUGCGAGACCUGAUGGCCCUUCGAGAAGCCAAGGAGCGAAAGGGCAGCAUCUCAGGAGAGGGGCCCUGGAUUGUGGACACCGUCAAAAACAGCUGCGACUUUUUCAUUCCUCUGACUGCCCUCGAGCAUAUCAGACUAGGUCCCGCGACUAUUGGACUUCUUGGAGUUGUCUCAUCGCUCGCUGGUCUGCUGCCCAUGUUGCACCCACAGCUCAAACUCUAGCUUAAGUCUUGUUGAAUUUGUGCAUUUUAUACUUUUAUGUUGGCUAAUAAAAUUAUCAGAAUAUUCGUA